AUGAAUUUGGUCGACAUUGGUGAAUUUAAUUUAAUGGAUAAUCCACUUACAGAUACACUUCCUCCUCCAUCUCUAAACAUUCAUUUCUUAUCGGAGACUUUGUAUCAUGGUGAUUUCGAAAAGCAAGACUUUGUCGUCAAUAAAGAACUUAGUCUCUACAGAAACAAAUGUGGCUCCUUUGGCAUAAGCUUAGCCAUAAAAGGAUGUGAAAAGAAUGUUGAUAAAUUCGCACCUCCUAAGGUACGAGAGCUUUAUGAAGAUGACUUUGAAUCUGAAGAAGAAGAUGUUGUGGACAUGGAGUUUGAACCUGAUGUAUACCAAGAAGAUCCUGUCUUUUAUGAGGCGCAACUUGCU